AUGUCAGCAUCAGAGCCUUCGAAGAGCGAUCAGACGGAAGGAGCUGUCAAGAGCGCAAGCCACGCUCAGAAGGCCAUCCUCCUGGUGUCGCGAUGCAUCCCAAAGCCAAAGGACAUCAAGACUGCCUUUAGCUUCAUCCGUCUGCUGUUCUCGCUCGACUACACCCGCGUCGACCUGGCCCUCAUACUCGUCGGCACCUUCUUCGCCAUCGCAGCCGGCAUCCCCGAGCCUCUGCUGGGAAUCGUGCUCGGCCAGCUCAUCAACGAGCUCAACGAUGUCUCCUGCUCCGCGACCACGUACGACCCGUCCUCCGUCCGGACGAAAGUUCUCUAUCUGAUCUACAUCACCAUCUUCAACUUCGCCGCCAUCUACAUCUACGCCGCCUGCUGGGCGCUGGUCAGCGAGCGUUUGGCCCGUCGCUACCGCAAGGGGUACUUCCGCAGCCUGAUCCGCCAGGAAGCCGCGUUCCAUGACAGCCUACCCUCGGGACAGGUCAUCUCGCGGCUGGUGAGCGACAUCGAGACGGUGCAGUCGGGGACCUCGGAGAAGGUGGGCAUAUACAUCGCGACGCUGUCGUAUUUCAUCACCGCGUACAUCGUGGCCUUCAUCAAAGUGCCCGUUGUGGCGGGGAUCCUGAUCGCCAUCGUGCCGUGCUUCUUUGCCAUGUCGCUGGUGGGAGGCCACUUUACCUCGCGGUAUGGCAACCGCGUCGGGAAACAUGUCGAUCGGGCGACCUCCAUUGCCUCUUCCAGCCUGUCGCAUCCCCGCAUCGUGCAUGCUUUCAAUGCCCAUCGGCGCCUGGAGGAGUUGUUCUCAUCGAAUCUCUACAACGCGCGCAAGGAUGCGUUGAAGAAGGCGGCAGUGCAUGCGGCCCAGAUGGGCUUUUUGUUCUUUAUCGUGUAUUCCUCCAAUGCUCUGGCGUAUUGGAAGGGUGCGCACCUGAUUGCGGACUAUAUUGAUGGUAUUGGGUCUGGGGUCUCCCUUGGGGCCGUGUACACGGUGAUCUUUAUUCUCAUCGAUGCCUCCUUCAUAUUGAGUCAAGUCUCUCCGUACAUGCAUGUGUUCAGCGCCGCCGCAAGUGCAUCCGAACGGCUGUUGGAGGUCAUCAACCGUGACUCUCAAAUCGAUGGCACUGCAGAGACGUGGGAACAGAGCGUAGACCUCGCUGAUCAGGAGAUUGUUUUCGAAGAUAAACACACUGCCAUCGUGGGUCCGUCAGGUGGAGGCAAGUCCACCAUCGUGGCACUUCUGGAGCGGUUCUAUGAUCCAUGCUCCGGGGUAGUCCGGAUCGGGAGUCAAGAUAUCCGUGCGGUGAACGUGGCAAGCCUGCGCGGGCAGUUGGGUUUUGUUCAGCAAGAGUCCCAACUCUUCGAUCGGUCGAUCCUGGAGAACAUUGCUUACGGGCUCGUCGGGUCUACAGCGCACGAAGGUUUGACGGAGGUGAUUCUGGAUAUGAGUUUGUCGGCUGCCGUGGAGCAGAUUCAAGCGGGGACUCCGGAAAAAGACGCUCUCGCUGCUUGCGAUCCUAGGAUUGCCGAAAUUGUUCGUCGGGCGAAAGAAGCUGCCGAUAAAGCGAAUGCACUUUCAUUCAUUGAAGCCCAAGCCUUUGGAAUAGCGACGAGUGUUGGGACUGCUGGGGGGCAGUUGAGCGGUGGUCAACGGCAGCGCAUUGCUCUUGCGACCGCACUUGUUCGUGAGCCCAAGUUACUUGUACUUGAUGAGGCAACCGCUGCACUUGAUUCUAUCAGUGAACGCUUGAUCCAUGAGGCCUUGCUCAAGGUGUCGGGGACUACGACGAUAGUCUCUAUCGCGCACCGUCUGGCAACGGUCAAGGACGCUGAUCAGAUCAUCGUCAUCGAGAAGGGACGAGUGGCUGAGUAUGGAUCUCCGCAGGAGUUAAUAGACCGGGGUGGUAGGUAUGCAGCGAUGAUUGCACAGCAAAAGUUGGAUCAAGGGGAGGCGCAAGAGCUUAUGACGGCCGCCGGCAGCAUGAAUGAUACACCUGGCAUUCCCACCGAGCUUGUGCCUGUCACUGAGAAAGACAACAUCCACGAGAAAGAUAAGAUCGAUGCGACCGUGGAACAGACGUCAAUAGCACAGCAAGAGGACACCCCCCACUCGAAGCGCCUAACUUUGAAGAUCUGUUUCUCUUUUAUCCGUCCUAAUCUUCUUCUGAUCAUACUAGGGCUGGGUAUGUCGGUCAUUAUUGGUGCUAGCUAUAGCUCAAACGCGGUUCUAUUCGGCAAUACGCUGGGAGCGCUCAGUCCAUGUAAAGGCACUCCCAGCAUCCGACACAGCGGAAGUUUCUUCGGCCUCAUGUUCUUCAUCGUCGGACUCGUAGAGUUCUUUGCCAACAUCAUCGGCGGCUGUGCCUAUGGGUGGGCUGCAGAUCAAACACUCUAUCGCAUCCGCGUUGCGUCCUUCCGCUCCUUGCUCGCCCAGACUAUCACCUGGCAUGGCACAGAUGGACGCAGUCCAGGGACGCUGAUCUCCUACCUCACCGGCGAUGCUUCAGCUAUCAGCGGCCUGACUGGAACAACAAUUGGUCUUCUGCUGGCAACAACUGUCAAUUUGUUUGCCGGGAUUAUUAUCUCGUUCAUCGUUGCGUGGAAGAUCUCCAUUGUUCUGCUGCCUACCAUUCCUGUCCUCUUGGCAGCCGGGGUCAUGAAGCUCCGCGUACAGAAUCAAUUUGCCGAGCGGCACAAGAAAGCAUUCUCGCGGGUGACUGAGAUCACCGUCGAGGCGCUGGAAAAUCUGCGUUUCGUGGCUGGAUUCUCCCUGGAAAGGCAGCUUUACCGGGAGUUCAUCCAUGCAAUCCAGGGCCCAUACAGGAAGACCAAGAAGGCCAUCGCCUGGGGCAACUUUUGGCUGGCCACUGCCUUCAGCGUCAGCAACCUGAUCAGCGCUCUCGCUUACUGGUGGGGCUCCAAGCAGAUUGCCUCGGGUCUCUACUCUCAAACGCAGUUCUUCAUUGUCCUGCCCGCGCUACUCUUCAGCACUCAAUCUUGCGGCCAGAUGCUCGCCCUUGCACCGGACCUCUCCAAAGCUGGCAAGGCUGCUUCUCGCAUUGUGGACUUGGUGAACACCGACUCCGCAGAGAAAGAAGCCCAAACGGACAGGCAUAAAGAGAUAAUUCCGUGCGGGGAGAAGUCUGACGUCGAUAUCGAAGCCAACCCAGCCUGUAUGCCUUCCUCCAAAUCGACGCCUUCACCUACCCCCAUUGGCGCCGAGCUGCGUCACGUGCAGUUCUCGUACCCUACCUCGCCGGACCUCCCCGUCCUCCGCGACCUCAGCCUCACCUUGGCUCCAGGUGGAUUCUACGCCCUCGUCGGCCCCAGUGGCUCAGGCAAGUCCACCAUCCUGGCGAUGCUGGAACGCUUCUACUACCCAUCCUCGGGUGCCAUCUACAUCGACAAUCAGGACAUCACCCGCGUCCGUUCCACGGACUUCCGCGACGAGAUCGCCCUCGUCCCGCAGGAGAGUGUGCUCUUCGAAGGCAGCGUCGCUUUCAACAUCGCGCUCGGAGCUCGGCCCGCCGACACACCCACGCAGUCCGAGAUCGAGGCCGCGUGUAAACUCGCCCAGAUCCACGACGUGAUCAUGGAAUUGCCGGACACGUACGAGACGAUUUGCACGCACAACGGAAAGCAGUUCUCGGGCGGUCAGCGGCAGCGGCUGGCGAUCGCACGGGCGUUCCUACGCAAGCCCCGCCUGUUGCUCCUGGAUGAGUCGACGAGUGCGUUGGACGGGGAGUCGGAGAGGAAGAUCCAGGAGGCGCUGCAGGGGUUCGUGGGGAAGACGACGAUCGUGGCGAUCGCGCACCGACUGCGCACGAUUUAUCGGGCGGAUCGGAUUUUCCUGAUUGAGGAGGGUCGGUGUACGGUGCAGGGGACGCAUGCGGAGUUGGUGGAGCGGAGUGCAGUUUAUCGGGAGAGUGUGGUGCAUCAGUCGUUGGAUAUGUGACUUAGAGGUG